AUGGUACCAACUCUCCUCCUCUCAUUGGCUGAUACACCUGUGGUUCACCUGUGGACGUUACGGAUCCUAAAAUCUCACCCUCAGACCCCAAGACCUUCAGACCCCAAGGAUUCUCGAGACCCCAAGACCCCCUCAGACCCCAAGACCCCCAGACCAAGACCAUCAGACCCCAAGACUCAGACCCCAAGACCUCAUAGAACCCAAGACCCUCAGACCCCAAGACCCCUCAGACCCCAAGACCCUCAGACCCCAAGACCUCUGACCCAAGACCCUCAGACCCCAAGACCCCCUGACCCAAGACCUCAGACCUCAACAUCCCCUGACCCAAGACCCUCAGGACCAAGAUCCCCAGACUUAAGACCCUUAGACCUCAAGACCCUCAGGACUUACAUCUAG